AGGAGCGCCGGGCGGGCGGAGCUCCGGGGCCGCGUCCAGCCGGGGCCACCGAGCGCUGCCCGGCGGGGCGGGCAGUCCGCACAGCUGUGUGUGCGCUGUGUGUGCCGAGCUGUCCGCGCCGGUCCCGCCCCACCGGCGGCACAACAAACCCGCCCCGUCCCGCCCGCGCCGUGCGGCUGUUGCGCGGAGCCGCCCCCGGCCGCGGGGGCCGGGCCGGGCCGGGCGGCGCUGGCAGCGGGGCCGGGGCGGACAUGAGGACCGAGAUCUCCACGGCGGCCGCGUUCGUGACCCGCCUCCUGCGGGCCGCCGGCGGGGUCGGCGAGGAGCAGCUGCGGUGUUUCCGCGAGUGCCUGCAGGAGGCGAUGCGCGAGCACUACAAGCACCACUGGUUCCCCCUGGUGCCCUCCAAGGGCUCCGGCUACCGCUGCAUCAGGAUCAACCAUAAGAUGGACCCCUUGAUAGGAAAGGCGGCGGGGAUGAUCGGACUGAGCCACGAGAGGCUCUUCCAGCUCUUACCCAGCGAAUUAACGCUGUGGGUCGACCCCUUCGAAGUGUCCUAUCGCAUAGGUGAGGAUGGGUCUAUCUGUGUGCUGUACGAAAGCCCCCAGCCUGGGGGAAAGGCGGCCAAACAGCUGGAGAGCAGGACCAGCUGCAAGGAGGAGUGGAGAAUUGGCAGAUCCAGCCCUUCCAAGAGUUACAACAUGAUGACGGUCUCUAGUUAAAAACAACUCUUCCCUGUACGAUGUUGUAUGUAUCCCAACCUCGUGGCAAAGUUAGAUGUAACUGAGCUCUUUUGUUUUUAGUAAUUUUCUUCACCCUUUAGUCAUUAAAGUCGUGGUAGUACCGCCAAGUUCUUCGUGGCCAAGGGCUAAAUGUAUAAAGCAGUUCUUUACACUGCAUGUUCCUUUCUGGGUUGUGUCCUGUAAAUGCACUGUACAGUCGGUGGAUUGUUUUACACAUUUAUAUUUUCGAGAAAAUUUUGCCUAUUUGUAAUAAAAAGCAAUAUUGUAACACUCUUUAUGAUGGGUUUUAGUCAAAAUUAGUACUUGCUAAAAAAAAAAAAUCUGCAAUUUGCAGAGCAAUAACACAAAAGGGGGAGGGGUUGGGAAACAUCUGACAAACUGAACAUAAAUAUUUCCAGUGAUUUGUCUGCACAGACUUCUCUCAGGGUCAUUCAAGUCUGACUGUGAGGCACAAAUCACAGAAAUAACUCUUUAUUUUUCCUUUUUCAAAGCAUGCAUUUAUUUGAGGACUAGGUUCCAUCACACCCAAAUAUUUUGGCAAAAAGAAGUGGGGAAUUAGUUGUCUUGUUAUUUCUAGAUAUGGGAGUAGAAAAAUAAAUACUCGCUUAAAAUGCUUCUGA